AUGCCUGAGGAUAAUAUUGAACCGGCACAAGCCAGUGCAGUCAGUCGACUGGAGCAUACGGGCUCAGAGCACGCAGCCUACACCCGCUCUCCGCUGCCGACGCGUGUUAGCAGUGCAUGCGAGCGAUGUCGCCGGCACAAAAUCCGGUGUGACCCAUUUCGUCCCUGCUCGCUCUGUGUGAGAGCGCAGGUCAGCUGCAAACCACAUAAUCUCAACCGGACAAACAGGCGGAGUUCAAAGUCAAUUUCGCGAAGCCGCCGGCGUCAAACAAGCUCCGCAGGAGUAUCUGAUAACCAUGAGCUUGAGAAUGUCGAGGGGUCAGAACUCCAACCUCCACAAGCACAAACUCAUGACCAUAACAACCCUGCCGAUGCGGGUAGUCCACGUCGGCCAAUGGACUAUGGGGAGGCAGAGUCAACAAUGGGGAUUGCUCAGAAGCUUUUUGGGCUUGGUCGGCAACUCAUCGAUGAGCAAGCUACCUCUGCCAUACCCGGGUAUCAAGCCAGCACCACGUUUUCCAACUCGAACACGGCCGCUGUCGGUCAGCGAUAUCCAAUCUCUUCAAUACUGGGCCAGCCACUACCCUCGACAGAGAUAGUAUACAUGCUACUCGAGGACUACUUUGAUGCUGUUCAUUGGUUUUCUCUUGCUAUUUAUGAACCGAUCUUUCGGAGGAGUCUCCUUUCCGUCAUGGAUGGGUUUGCCUACCCCUCACAGAAGCCGUUUCUCAUUCUUCUAGCUGUUGUCCUAGGCAUGGGGGCAUGGUACCGAUCGCAGAGGAGGAAUCCCGACCAAACAGAUAAUGGCGACUGGCGACAACUGAGUGCGGGACUGCUCAAAUUGGUCGAGUCGUACCUCAUCGAGAUGAUGGACCAGCCGUCCGUGACAGCAGCUCAGAUCUGCAUUCUAUUCGGGUCUUACUGCGUCUACCAUGGCCGUCCGAACCUCUCAUUUUCUUUACUAGGCGCGACAAUCAAGAUCUCCCAAGCUGCAGGAUUGCACCGUGAACCAUCCAGUGGCAAUGUUGAGGAUAACGAAGAAAGAAAGCGAGUGUGGUGGACCAUCUACACAUGGGAUCGAUUUGCAUCAAUUACAUAUGGUCGGCCUCUAGGGAUCAACGACAGGGACUGUAAUAUCAGCAUGCCAGCGGAUAUUCGGGAAAACCCUUACUUUGCUGCACCACUAUCUGAGCACGGGUACACUGUCUGCUACUCCACCUAUCAAAGGGAGCUAAACCGCCUGUAUCUGAUGGCGUCUACUGCUCUUGAGACCAUCUUUGGCUCUCGAACGUCAGGUUCGUCAAAGGAACUGGCUGGAGACGCAUACCUGGCUUUGGUUAAGGAGGCGACUCGGAAUCUCCAGAACUGGCAAGAGGAGUUGCCUGACAAUCUGGCUUUGAACAUUGAGAGUGAUUUACAGCCCAACAGCGGGAUUAGCGCGAGAGCACAUGCUCUACAGUCAUUGUCACUCCAGCUCACGUAUGACAAUAUCCUCAUAGUGCUCCACCGCCCUCUGCUCGCCAGACAAGUUGAUCAUCUAUCAAUCGAUCCUCUGUCAUCAACUCGGAGAGGUGGAUUGAGCUCUAAUAAUCGCCCUCCAAGCGCGGCUUCGCCGGCGCAACAAGACUCACCUUUCGAAGCCCUGUCACCGAAUACAUCUGUUGCAAGCUCAGUGCACUGGUGGAAUGCUGCCCUAAGAACAUCGCGAGUAACCGAGCUUCCAGUACUGGCUCAGAAUGCGACUGAUAGCCAUUUGGUUGCCUUUCUCGCCAUUAAUCUGUUCAACGCGGCAAUUGUGCUGGCAGUCAUGGCUAUUUCAGAUCCACUGUCUGAUACUGCACAGGUUGUCAAACGAACAAUUACGCGCAUCUUGCGACUGCAAGAUUUGCUGGGUAAGCGCUCGGCGUUGUCGAGACAAAGCACGACAGUGUUGAAGAAUGUAGUCACGUUGCUUCUUCGUCGUGAAUCAGAAGCCAUACUCGCUCCUAUUACAGGACACGGUCAGGAGGAGCGUCCUCAGUCUAUCACAAACCCCGAACCCUUGUCUGUGGAAGACACUCUCCGUCUACCCCUUGAUGUGUCCGAGCCGCCGGAUACUCCGUCCCGACGACAGGCAUGGCCGGACCUUACCAAUGUCCUUCGUCUGAAUGAAAGCCUGACAUCAGUGCAAUACGUUGUACCUUCUGGAGAUGGUGAUCAAUCUCUUGAAUGGUAUUCCGGCCAAGACGCUUACCGACCUCCCCGCGUAGACCAGGAAUCCAUAAACCGGGGUCAAUGGCCACAAUCCCAGAUCGACUGGAACGCAGCAAAUAUGCCCGAAGGCGCUUUCGAGAAUACAGCAGACACCAACAGCGAACGUGGGCUGUAUUGGCUCUGGGAUAUGUCGUGGAAUGGCGUGCAUUUAUAG